AUGGCUUCCGCGCACGCCGCUCUCGCUUCCUCGAGGAUCCCCUCAGCCAGGAUCCACCGCAAGGGCUCCUCCUCCUCCAGCUUCUCCAAGGUCCCCCCCCCAAUCUUGGCCCCUUCCAUCUCUCUCACAUUUGACGUGGGUUUUGCAGCUCUCUUUUUUUUUCUGAGAGAUUUCUGGUUGGUUUUGCUGCAGAGGCUGGAUGUGGCGGAGUUCUCGGGGCUCCGGUCCGGCUCCUGCGCCACCUUCGCCGCCAAUGGGCGGGAGGCGUCGUUCCGCGACGCCGUGGCGGCACAGCUCACCCCCAGGGUGCGUCGAUCUUACUGCGGCCAGAUGGAUGAUCGAUCGGGGUAGUAAUCUGAUGAAUCCGGCUUCGGUUUCUCGUCGACAGGUUGCAGGAGGAAGCCCCGUGAAGGGGGAGACCGUGGCGAAGCUCAAGGUGGCCAUCAAUGGCUUCGGCAGAAUCGGGAGGAACUUCCUCCGAUGCUGGCACGGCAGGAAGGAUUCCCCUCUGGAAGUAAUCGUGGUCAACGACAGCGGCGGCGUCAAGAACGUGAGACUAAAUCUCUCGUCAUCUCCCUCUUCGUUCUCCGCCGCUUCAGUGCAGAAACCACAGUCACUGAGUCCCGUCCAAUUGCAGGCUGCCCACCUCCUCAAGUACGACUCCAUGCUCGGAACAUUCAAGGCCGACGUGAAGAUCGUCGACAGCACCACCCUCAGCGUCGACGGGAAGCUGAUCAAGGUCGUCUCCAACCGAGAUCCUCUGAAGCUUCCAUGGACGGAGAUGGGCAUCGACAUCGUCAUCGAGGUACUGUCGAAUCCACAUCUCUCUGUUUCUUAUCCGUUUCCAGAAUCAGCAACUCGAGAAAAGAAGAAGACACCGGGGUAAUAUGCUUCGAUUCCCGACGCUCAGGGGACGGGAGUGUUUGUGGACGGCCCCGGUGCCGGCAAGCACAUCCAAGCCGGCGCCAAGAAGGUCAUCAUCACAGCUCCUGCCAAGGGCGCUGACAUUCCCACCUACGUCGUCGGAGUCAACGAAGGUGACUAUGGACACGAGGUCGCCAACAUAAUAAGGUCUCUCUCUCUCUCUCUCUAUUUCUCUCUCUCUCUCUCUCUCUCUCUCUCUCUCCUGUAAACGCCGUUCUUCUGAUCUCUGCAGCAACGCGUCUUGCACGACCAACUGCCUGGCCCCCUUCGUUAAGGUCUUGGACGAGGAGUUCGGUACGUCCGUACGUGAUGUAUAAAGUCAACUACAACUAAAAAAGGAAGUAAACGAUGGGUUGACGGGAAGAGUUACAUUUCUGUUUCUAUUCUUCAUGCAGGCAUUGUCAAGGGGACGAUGACCACGACCCAUUCUUACACCGGAGAUCAGGUGACCGCAGAUUCUCGUUCUUGGCUGACCGAGAGAUGAAGCUCCACCGAACUUGUAGAUAACGUAUAAGUCAACGGCUCUGUUCGUCUGGUUUUCAGAGACUUCUGGAUGCGUCUCACCGGGACCUGAGGAGAGCGAGAGCGGCGGCGCUGAACAUCGUCCCCACGAGCACCGGCGCCGCCAAAGCUGUCUCACUGGUGCUCCCCCAGCUCAAGGGGAAGCUCAACGGGAUCGCCCUCCGCGUGCCCACCCCCAACGUCUCCGUCGUUGACCUCGUGGUCAACGUGGAGAAGAAGGGGAUCACGGCGGAGGACGUCAACGCCGCUUUCAGGAAGGCCGCCGACGGCCCUCUGAAUGGGAUCCUCGCCGUCUGCGACAUCCCCCUGGUCUCCGUUGACUUCCGCUGCACCGACGUUUCCUCCACCAUCGACUCCUCCCUCACCAUGGUCAUGGGAGACGACAUGGUCAAGGUGGUCGCCUGGUACGACAACGAGUGGGGCUACAGGUGAGUUUCCCCAGCCAUCUCUGGCUGCCUCCUCACGUUGACAUUCUCUUCUGACCCGCCGCCGAUCUCCUUCUGUUCCUCGAUUCAGCCAAAGGGUCGUUGACUUGGCGCACCUGGUGGCGAACAAGUGGCCCGGAGUCGCCACCCAAGGAAGCGGCGACCCCCUGGAGGACUUCUGUCAGACGAACCCUGCCACCGAGGAGUGCAAGGUCUACGAAGCAUAG